AUAGAAUAUGUUAGGAUUUUUUUCAAAAUACGAUGUGCUUUUAAUACAGUAACUUACCUAUUUCGGUAAGAUUGUGCAAUAGAAAACUGAGACUGUCAAAGUGUCAACUGUAAAGUAUUAAAAAAUGCUUCGUACAAAAAGAGCUGCAGUGCUCAUAAGUUCGAGAUUAAUAACGAAAUAUACUUUUUCAUCCAAGCCUACUGCUUCCCAAGUACUCACAUCAUAUUUAAAGCAAUGUGACGAACCACCUUGGACAUCCUAUUUCGUUAAGUACAGUAGUGUGAAAGAUGAUCAGUUUGGAAUGUCGAAUUUUAAUUGGAAAGUGGGUUCAUCAAAUUAUCAGAUUUUGAGAACUGGUUGCUUUCCCUAUAUGAAGUAUCACUGUUCCAGAAGAAAAUACGAGGAUCUGACUUCAUCAGAUAGAUUUAUGAGAGUGAUAAAGAUUUUAAAUUUAGGAAUACCUUGUCUACUGUAUGGCUUAGCGGCAACACAACUAAUUCGCCAUGAAGAAAUAGUGCAUACACCUAAAGGAAAUGUUACCAUAUAUUUUUUACUUCCUGAACAUAAGGGUUCAAUGUACUAGUUACAAAAUGUUUGCUCAGUAAUAUCACAUACUUGAAUUGUUGCCCUUAUUACAAUGUU